ACUGAGCCCUCCAGCAGGGAGUGGGCCGAUGUGUCAUGUACACAUGACUGCAUGAAGAGAGAUGAGAGGGAGAGGAAGAGAGCGAGCAAGCUUUCUGUUUUUCUGCUGUUUGAACAGGCACUGUGCAGCAGAGAGAGAGAGAGAGAGAGAGAGAGAGAGGGAGAUAAUUUAACAGAACAGCAGAUGACAGCAGAGAGGCAGUUUGCAGCAGUAGCGGCUGCGGCGUUGGUCUGGCAGGGACAGUGCGUGCUCAGCAUGGCAAAAGCGCAGUAUUUAUAGGCUCAGCUCUGAUUAGCAGAGGAGCAUGCAGUACCCUCUACUAUCCUGAUUGGUGGAGAAGCUCACACAGCCAGCCGAGCGGCUAUUUUGGUCCUGCUGUCAAAUGACGAUGUCACCCUGCGCGUGCAGUGGCUACGAUGCCAGCUAGGGGCAAGCGGGUCAUGUGAAGUUUGCAGCAAAAGUAUGUCAGUGCCGAAUGAGGACAAAGAACCUGCUUACAGACUCUACUUCUACUCUGCCUCCUUCCAGCGCUCCAACAGCCAUGACAAGGUGAGGAAGAUUGUAGCAGAGGAGGGACGUGCUGCUCGAAACCUCAUUGCCUGGAGUGUGCCUCUAGAGAACAAGGAGGAGGAGGGGAAGUACACACACACAAAUGGAAAGUCAAAGGCUCACAACAACAGCAAUGCAAGAGCUCAGCGAAUCAACUCUGGACAACAUAGGAACAAAAAACAGCCUAUGGGUCUGGACUGCAAAGCUGCAGCAGGGUCCAUGCUGGAGAAAGGAGCCGAGAAGAGCCCCACUAAAGCCAGGCAGCCACGCAAAGUAGAUCUGAGGGCCCGUUACUGGGCCUUCCUCUUCGAUAACCUACGCCGGGCUGUCGAUGAGAUCUACGUCACAUGUGAAUCAGACCAGAGCGUUGUGGAGUGUAAGGAAGUUCUGAUGAUGUUGGACAACUAUGUACGGGACUUUAAAGCUCUCAUUGACUGGAUCCAGCUGCAGGAGAAGCUGGAGAAAACCGAUGCCCAAAACAGGCCUACUUCUUUGGCAUGGGAGGUUCGCAAAAUGUCCCCUGGACGCCAUGUCAUGCCCAGUCCUUCAAAAGACCGACUUGUUCCAUCUCCCAGUGUUCGCCGCACCCUCAAUUUCGGGGGUCCUCCUCCCACUCUUGCUGUCACGUGUCUUUCUCACUCCGGACAUAGCUAUGCUGACCGGGUGAAGUGCUCUCAGGCCCUGCCCGUGCCCAACCAGAGUGCUUCAGUUCCUACAGAAAAACCAGGCAAAAAAGAUGCUGAGGGCUGGGAGACAGUGCAAAGGGGCCGCUCCAUGAAGCCUCGUGCCAUUGCAAUGGUGGCCAAGGUCAGUCCUGUGCUGGCCCACGUCAGCCCCAAAGAUGCGAGCGAUAAGGAGAACCAGCAGCUGCAGGACAAAGCGCAGAGACCAGAGGAGCAGCAGGGGGACAGCAAGCUCAUCUCCCCAGAGCAAAACCCAGAGUGUGAGAAGGCCUCUGUCCUCGAGCCCCCAUCAGACAGUGACCAAGAGUCUAGCCAGUGUGUGCCACCCCAUAUAUCUGAGUCCCCUCCAGCUCCUUCUUCCCCCGAAAGCCCAACUCCAGCUCUAGCUCCUCCUCCAUCAUCUCCCCAGUUGGAGGAGCCUGGCGCUGGACUGGUAGGAGGGGAGCAGGAGCCGGAGGGGGCAGCAUGCCGGGUCACGGCACCAUCUGCUGCUGAAGAAGGAGCAGCAGUGACAGCAGCAGCGACCCGUAUUCCCUUGGCAGAAGUGAAACUGGAGAGCUUGCUGGACCCCACAGAGCUUUCCACCCCCCAAUCCAUGGCUGAAGUGCUAGCUAAGAAGGAGGAGCUGGCCGAUCGGCUAGAGAAGGCUAACGAGGAGGCCAUCGCCAGUGCCAUCGCUGAGGAGGAGCAGCUCACCCGGGAGAUCCAGGCCGAGAACAAUGAACUGGAGAGGGACAACGAGAGUGAUUUUUCGGUUGGCAUUGGAAGCGGAGGCUGUGGACUCAACUUAGAGUGGAGUGAGGUUUUGGCUGACUAUGAUGCACGAGAACCCUGGCGUCAGAGCACCUCAUGGGGGGACAUGGUGGAGGAGGAGCCAGCUCGGCCUCCUGGCCAUGGCAUCCACAUGCAUGAGAAGCUCUCCUCACCAUCACGCAAAAGAACCAUUGCAGAGUCUAAGAAGAAACAUGAAGAGAAGCAGCUUAAAGCUCAACAGCUGCGAGACAAGCUGAGAGAGGAGAAGAGCCACAAACUGCAGAAACUUUUAGAGCGAGAGAAGGAGGUGAGGAAAUGGAAAGAAGAGUUGCUAGAUCAGAGGAGGAGGAUGAUGGAGGAGAAGCUGCUCCAUGCAGAGUUCAAGCGAGAGUUGCAGCUCCAGGCCAUUGUGAAAAAGGCACAGGAAGAGGAGGCAAAGGUGAAUGAGAUUGCUUUCAUAAACACACUGGAGGCUCAAAAUAAAAGGCAUGAUGUGCUGGCCAAGUUGAACGAGUAUGAACAGCGACUGAAUGAGCUACAGGAGGAGCGUCAGAGGAGGCAAGAGGAGAAGCAGGCCAGAGAUGAAGCUGUGCAGGAACGUAAGCGGGCUCUAGAGGCAGAGCGGCAGGCGCGGGUGGAGGAGCUCUUGAUGAGAAGAAGAGAGCAGGAGGCACGGAUAGAGCAGCAGCGGCAGGAGAAGGAGAGGGCGAGGGAGGAUGCAGCCCGUGAGAGAGCAAGAGAUCGUGAGGAGCGCCUGGCUGCCCUGAGUGCCGCUCAGCAGGAAGCCAUGGAGGAGCUGCAGAAGAAGAUUCAAAUGAAGCAUGAUGAGAGCAGUCGCAGACACAUGGAGCAGAUUGAGCAGAGGAAAGAGAAGGCGGCUGAGCUGAGCAGCGGCAGACACGCCAACACAGACUACGCUCCCAAACUCACUCCCUACGAGCGCAAGAAACAGUGCUCCCUUUGCGGUGUUGUGAUCACCUCCGAGGUGCACCUGUUCAGUCACACCAAGGGCAAGAGGCACCAGCAGGCAGUGAGGGAGAGCAGCAGCAUCCAGGGAAGAGAGCUGUCGGACGAGGAGGUGGAGCACCUGUCUUUAAAGAAGUACAUUGUAGACAUAGUGACGGACACCACUGUGACCCCUGAGACUAACCAGGACGGAGAGGAGAGACAGAAAGCACGGAAAAAGGCCAAGAAACUCCGUGGACGGAUGAACUCAAGGGCUAAGGAGUAUGAGACAUCCGUGGAGGCGAAGAUGCAGAUUCCAGAUUCUCCUUACAAGGCCAAACUGCAGCGACUGGUGAAGGACUUGGGAAAGCAGCUGCAGGGGCAGGACAGUGGCCAGUGGGCCAACAACAAAGUGUCUGGCUUGGACAGAACCCUGGGUGAGAUCUCCCGCAUUCUGGAGAAACAGAAUAAUGCGGAUCAGGUAGCGUUUCAAGUGGGAGGGGGUCUGUCUGCACUGGAACAGAUUCUGCAGGUAGUCACGGCCGCCUCCACUCCCACAGCCGUCCCACGCAUUCCACUUAAGUCUCUCUAUGCCGCUGUGAAUGUGUAUUACCUGGCCUGCUCCCGCUGCUACAGCAACUGCUUUUACGUUUUCUACAGCAACAAAAUCGCCCCUCUCAUGGAUCUCCUUCUCCACCAACUAACGCUCUAUGUUCCUGAAGAGGAUAAGUCCAUCUUUGGCCGCACUGUAAACAAACAGAUCUUUGAGGGUCUGACCACCGGUCUGCUCCAGACCACUGCUACAAUUGUAGAUCUCCUGGAUCCUUCUGGACUGGAAGCUGGAAAGAGUUCUUCCUGGAUUUGCUCCCCCGAUAUCAAGGUUAAGACCAUCGAAAACUUCACCACCCAUGCUCAAGACCUCAUCAGCUAUGUAGUGAAUAUGGGGGUGAUUGACAAGCUGUAUGGCUGCUUCCUGUCUGUGCAAGGCCCGAUCGAUGAGAGUCCUAAAAUGUCUGCCUUUCUGGAGCAGGCUACAGCUCUCCUCCAUGCCAUGUGCAAGUUGUGUUUUGUCGUGAACGGCCGCUCCUCCAGUAUCUUUGACAAUAAGCGGCAGGACUCUACUGGGCUGACAGCGCUGCUACAGAGCACUGACCUUGUUGGCGUGCUGCACAUGCUGUAUUGUAUCCUACUGCACAGCACCGUGCCUGAGCCCCAGUCUGGCAGCAUGGCGUCACUCCAGGAGCCCUACAGCCCUGCUGUGGUCCAGGUGGCACUUCAGGGCCUGCGCUUCCUCAACAGCUUUGCUCUGCUUGACCUCACUGCCUUCCAGUCUGUUUUGGGAGCCGAGGGAUUGUCUCUGGCCUUUAGACACAUCGUGAGCUCGCUGCUGUGGUACUGCUCACAGAACAGCUCAGAGAAUCUGCUGCAUGAGGUCAUCAUCUGCGUAGGUUACUUCACCGUCAACCACCCGGACAACCAGGUGAUCGUGCAGUCUGGCCGGCAGCCCAGCGUGCUGCAGAAACUGUGUCAGCUGCCGUUCCAGUACUUCAGCCACCCGCACCUCAUCAAAGUGCUCUUCCCCUCACUUAUCAGCGCCUGCUACAACAACCAGCAGAACAAAGUCAUCUUGCAGCAGGAGAUGAGCUGUGUGCUCCUGGCCACAUUUAUACAGGAUUGUGCCUCCAGUGAGAACCAGACUAACAGCAGGCCCUCACAACAAGAGAGGAGCUCUGCUCUGCUAGAUUACUGUGAGCUGUCCAACCGCUUCCCCCGAGAUCAGUGGGACUCAGCACUUCAGUUCUUCCUCAACAAGCAGGAAGAGUAAGCGAGACGAGGAGUACACACUGGAAUACACAGAGAGUCCUUCAGUGCUUGCUCCAGAGCAGUACACAGUGGACUACAGACUAUUAUAUGGUUGUUUGUACCAGCACAUUUUGCUCUAAGCACAACAUCAAAAAACUUUCACUACAUCACUUCAAUUACUGUACGUGGGCUUUUAGCCAAGUCUGACAAGUACGUGCCUGCAUGUAGCAACUGAUUUUUCGACUGGAUUUUCUUAGAUCUCCUUAAUAACGGUGCAUUUAACCAAAUAAAUACAUAAUAAAUUCAGAUUAACUUUUUGGAUGUGCACACUGUAAUAAACCGUCCAUACGAUGCAAAUAAUUAAGGGCGGCAUAACAAGUUACGUUUAUAAAGUUGUUUGAAUGUAUGAAGAUAUUUGCUAUGUAAAUAUACAGUUAUUAAGAGCUGUCAGUUUAACGUGAAAUCAGUUAUCUUCUGAAUGAAUGGAUCUGUUGAAACAGAUUUUUUGGAGUGCACAAUAGUUUACUGUUCUUCUUCCCGAGCUGGAUGUUGAUCUUUGUGGUUUAUUAAUUGUACGGUUUGUAUUUUGUUUUGUAAAUAAAAGGUGUUUUUUCUUUAA